UAUCAUAACUCUCUGUUUCUCCUCCUUUGAUUUAAUUUUUUAAUUGGUGGGGUCCUUUUCAAGAAGGGUCAUCCGAUUAUUGGGCUCUUUUUGUUUGAUGAAAUGUCUGGAAUGAAUGUGUGCUGCUGAAUCAUGCAGGGUUUUAUAGUUUUCUUUUCCUGUUUGUUUUGGGUAUUGUUCAGGAAAGAUGGUUGUAGGGUUCUUUCAUUUGAGUGGUGAAUCCACUUCGUUUUUCAGAAUUGGAUUUGAUUUAUAAUUCUAAUUUGGGGAACUUGAAAAUCUAGCCUGUCAACUUCUCCCUCGCUCUCUAUAUCUGAUAUCUGGGCUUACAAUUUCCCCCAAAUGUAUAUAUGGGUCUAGGGAUUUGAAGUUAUAUUGUCUUUGAGCAUAUGGGGGUUUUCAGUUUACAUUCAAUUUCCUGUCCGUGGUAUAUAAUGGAAAAAAAAAAGAGAACCAACUUUGGAAUUGGAUUUGACACCUUCAAUAUAAUGUGUCAAUGGGGUCUAUGGCUUUUGUGCUCAAUUAUUAUUAUUAUUAUUAUUAUUUUAUUUUAUUUUUCUGUUUGUUUACAUUCAAUUUCCUGCAUCAAAUAAAAAAAAAAAGGAGGGGAAAAAAAACCUGAGAAAUUGGACUUGAGAUCUCCAAUUGCAUAUUAGACUUCAAUCCCGCAGCUGAAGAAAUCACACAGCUUGGUGGUACAUGCAUUAUGUGAAUUAUGUAGGUUUCAUUGUCUUAACAGGGAAUGCUAUUGACUGGACAUACUUGCAUAAAUUGUUGGUGAGCUCAGAUCAAAACCCUUCUUCAGAUUGCUCUUAUGGCAGCCACCAAGGUCUACAUAGUGUACUACUCCUUAUAUGGGCAUGUGGAGAUUGUGGCACGGGAAGUACAGCGGGGAGCUAAUACAGUUCAUGGUGUUGAAGCAACACUUUGGCAGAUACCUGAAACACUCCCUGAUCGGGUGUUAGAAAAGAUGAAGGCCCCUCCUAAAGCAAAUGAUGUUGCAGAGAUCAAACCAGAACAACUUUCAGAGGCUGAUGGUUUUCUAUUUGGGUUUCCUUCUCGUUUUGGCAUGAUGCCAGCACAAUUCUUGGCCUUCUUUGAUGCCACAGAUGAGCUAUGGGCAUCUCAAGCUCUUGCAGGCAAGCCGGCUGGAAUCUUUUGGAGUACUGGUUUCCAUGGGGGAGGGCAGGAGAAUUCUGCAUUAACAACCAUUACGAAGUUAGCACAUCAUGGCAUGAUCUAUGUUCCUCUUGGGUACACCUUUGGGAAAGGGAUGUUUGAGAUGAAUGAGGUGAAGGGUGGCUCUUCCUAUGGCGCUGGGACAUAUGCAGGAGAUGGAUCUCGUCAGCCCACAGAGCUGGAACUCCAACAAGCCUUUUACCAGGGUAAAUAUGUCGCAGAAAUCGUUAAAAAGCUCAAAGUUUUGCCCCACCCUCCAGCCCCAGCAUAGCAAAAUCCCGUUGUGGAUGAUCCUGUACUACAAGUUGAAGGAAAAUACAAACUUUAACAGCUUCAGAAUUGAUAUGCUAUUAACUUAUGGACAAUUCUGAAGGAACCUAACAGAUCCGGAUUUAGACCGUUGAAUGAAAGUACAAAAAAAUUGAGAUCUGUAACACACCAUUCUCAAGCAAUAGGAUCUUUUGUAUGCCCCGUUAAACACCUCUGUCAAUGCUUUUAGGACAAAUUAGCUUAUUCAUUUACUUUCUUUCUUUUUUUUUUUUUUCAAAAUAGAGAUUUUUAUCUUAAAA